AUGGGGUGGAUGCUGUUAUGGAUAAUUCCGAUAGUUUUUGCGGCGGGUCCUGAACAAAUUCACUUGGCACUAACCGGUGACCAAUCGGAAAUGAAUGUCGGCUGGGUGACAAUGGGCACAGGUUCCCCAACAUACGUCUCCUAUGGCUUGUCGGCGACAUCGCUCACUUCAAAGUCAGAAAACUCAAACCCAAAGUCGUGGACCUACGCUGGCAUUACACGCGUUUCCCACAAUGUGGUACUCAAAGGGCUCAAAGAAAACACUCAUUACUUCUAUCAAAUCAGCGGCUCCUCCAAAACGUAUGCCUUUAAAACGUUGCCAAUGGAUGGUUUGGGCGUGCGCAUAUGUCUGUUUGGGGACCUUGGAUUGACUGGCGUGAAUUUCCAGGGUGAAGGCCAAAGUAUCGAAAGCCUUCUCGCUGCGGCGGCCGCUAACAAAUUUGACAUGGUGGUUCAUAUUGGUGAUAUCGCUUAUGAUCUACACUCCGACAAUGGGACCGUCGGUGAUGGCUAUAUGAAUAAAAUGGAGCCACUUAUGGCGACCAUGCCUUACAUGGUGAUCGCCGGAAAUCACGAAGACGAUAAUGAGAAUUUUACAAAUUACAAAAUGCGCUUCCACAUGCCAAAGAAUGGGGCUGACGACGGGACUUUCUAUAGUUUCGAUUUGGGCCCGGUACACUUCGUGGGGAUAAAUACCGAAAACUACGGGUAUUAUUAUAAAUACGGAACGGAUUCGAUCUACACUCAAUAUGAUUGGCUGCAGAAAGACCUAGAGAUGGUCGACCGUUCAAAGACCCCGUGGUUAAUUUCCUAUCAACAUCGGCCGUUCUACUGCUCAAAUGAUAACUCUGGAGAUUGUUCGGCUUUCGAAAAUCAAAUUGUGCGGACAGGCUUCAUGGAUAUGCCAGGGCUCGAGCCACUUUUCCUCAAAUAUGGCAUGGAUAUGGGAUUCUGGGGUCACGAACACUCCUACGAGCGAUUCUACCCAAUCGCAAACAAGGUGUACUAUAACGACAAGGACCCCUACAACAACCCAGAUGCGCCGGUUUAUAUUGUAACUGGAUCAGCGGGAUGUCAUUCCGGAUACGCGGACUUCACUAACCCGCCCCUGCCAUUUAGCGCAAAACAAGUCAACGAUUACGGCUACUCAAUUAUGACGAUCAAAGACCGAUCUACAAUGUACUUGGAGCAGAUUUCCAUUGAGAAAAAGGACGCGGUUGUCGACUCAGUGGCUGUCAUCAAGGAUGUAAAGGAAACGAACCGCAUCAAAAUCCGCCGACGUGGCCAUGUGCUGCCGCGUAGCAAUCGCCGGAGUCCAAAGUGUCACCCCAAGGAUUCGCGAUGUUGGGCGAGGAGUCUCAAAAAGUCGAACACCGAACUU